CAUGUUGCAAUUUUCACCCGAUAUAUAACCUUUGCCGAAAACCGCAAGUCGAUAUCUCUUUUAGUUUAGGAGCUAUUAAGCUCCAAAGAGAGGCCGGCCGGUCGGAAACGUAAAUUAGCCACAUAUAUAUUCGGAAUCAGGAAGUGGCGAAACACAUUUUGGCCAAGUUUGAGCUCGAUCGGACGUCAUGAAAUUUUGUUAGGAUUAUAGUAGGUGAGAUUGUUAAGAAUCUCACCUAAUACGCUUCCUAGUUAAUUUAACGACAUUUUCGUAUGAAGAUGAAAUGUCGGAUCUGUAUAAUCCCUAAAAGUUUUUAGAGGGAAAGGGGAGGGUUGGGUAAAAUGAGGUGCAGACAGUGUGACGCCAAAAAACCAAAAACUUCAGAUUUCCAAAAUUCUACCAAAAUACUACCUCUUAAGUGGUUCAAAAAAUAUUAAUAACUUAAAAUCGAAUAAUUAUGUAUAUUGCUCUCUCUGUGGAGUUUGACCAAUAAUAGAGUUCCUUCUCGAAAGUUCAUCGAGCAGCUCCCAAAGAUUCGGACUCUUUACCACAUUUUUCUUUUAAAAAAAAAUCAAUAACUUAUAUUUAAAUGUGAACUAAUGAAAAAAUUGAAAAAUUAUUUUACUAUCGUACUUUCGAGUGUGAAAUUUACAAAGCCAACAUUUUAUAUACAGUAGAGUCUCCUAAAUUCGAAAGCUCGGGGGGUAUUUUUGGCAUUUCUCACCUCCCAAAUUCGAACGAUUUUUUCAAAACUAACGAAAUUUGUGUGAGAUUAAAUUGUACUUUGAAUCAAAUUUCCGUACUUUCUCGCAAGUUUUAGUGGUAACAUACUUCCUUUUCAUUUUACACGACCAUAAUGUAUGUAAACAUUCAGGAAGAAGCACAUAAAUAUGAUUUUCAUUCACCAAGAAUACGAACUUUCUAACAUAACCUCACAAUUGACAUUUUGAAUCCAAACGGCGUUCGAAUUUGAGAGAUUCAGAUUUGAGAGACUCGACUGUAAUAUUAAGGUUACUGUUUUUAAUUUGUAUUUCACUGUGAUAAGAAGUAUCGCGCAGAACUGUAAGCUUCAUCCGCGUACGAGGUGAAGCAAUAUCAAAAUGCAUCUACACAAUUUGUAUCAAUGCCAAACAUUAAUAUGCGUUAGGUGAAGAACUUCCGAGGUAUUUUGUUCGUUGACUAAUUGGCACAUUUCUGGGGUAAACACAUGAUUGUUUUUUUUGUGUAUGUAGAAUUUUCCUGGUGCUCCAAAAGUAUAAUUUGUAAACUCACGAUAAUUGUGCGCGAUACCUUAUUUCCACGGAAUUUCUCGCGAUAGUAGAGGCUUAUUUCAUAAAUAUUGUGUGCCUUUGUUGAAGGUUCAGCUGUAUUUACCAUUUAUUUAUUUAUUUAUUUAUUUCGAAAAAAAAUCAUCGAAGAGACGAGCGGCUUGAGUGUGUGUGAUUUACCUGUUAAUUAGUAUGGCAUAAGGUGUCAUUCGCAGUGAAAUUAACGUGGCUCAUCCUCGAUCUUUUUCAUUUAUUUAUCUCUGGUAAAUUUUAUUUUACAAAUACAGAGAUAUUAAGUAAUAUUUUUUUUUGCGUGAGAUAUUCCAGCAAAAGAAGUUUUAGCCCAUGUGACUGGGUGGAAUGUGUUUUUAUUUCUGGUGAGAUACUGUUUGAUUGAGCUGGAAGAAUGUGGUGCAGUUAGUCAUUUUGAGAGUGGAGUGGAAGUUGGUGAUUUCAUCUCCAGACACUUACGUAAUGCGGCUAAUAUUAAUAAAAAAGAGUACCUCACAGUGAAAUAACAGAAAUUGAAGGUGGAUGGAAGAAAGUGACAAAGAGAAUGUGAAUCUUCCGGUGUUCACCUGUUGAAAUUGUCUCAGUGUUUGUCUCUUUGCACACGUUCGCAGGUGGGAAAAAAAUAUUAGAGAGAAUCAUGCUCAUUUAUCAACAAAAAAAAAAAAAACCUCUGAUAACACCUCUGGAAGAAGUCUGUGUGUUUGAGAGAAUAUUUCGGGCGGUAGUGUUUCUCCGUGAAAGAUAAUAAACACCCAGAAACUCUCUGUCUUUAGUGUAACAGAGACUUAAAGUUGAAGUCGUUUUUUCCCCCUGACCAGAACAAUGUUCCACAGAUUCUUAUUGUGUUUUCCUCAAGUCUCAAUUUGUGUUGAUGUAAUAUUUUUAAUCUGACAACAAACACUACGUGUAUCAAUUUAACUUACUCAAACCCUGCCAGUGAUAAGUUUUUUAUCGCUCCGCAGCAAGUUCACAAGUGAAGUUUGUGUGGUGCUUAAAGUGUUUGCCUAACUAUCCGUGUACCUUUAGAAGUGAGAAAAAAUAGCAAUGAACAAAUCAAAAGGAGGAAAAGCGGGAAAUAAAAAGGGUGCUAAAUCAUCAAGUACCACAGAUAAUGGGGCAAAUGAGAAGAAAAAACCUCCGGGGCGCAAGAAUAAAUCCAAUGCCAAGAUCAGCAAGAAGAACAGUAUUACCGAAGUGAUCCCACCAACACCCAUCCCAGUCCCAAAGGAACAGCCUAUUCCCGAAGGGAAAAAGCUCGAGCGAUCAAACAGUUUCAUUUCUCGCGGUCUCUCAAAGCUGUAUAACACUCUAGCCGGUAGUCGCGAUGGCAUCAACAAAACCAGCUCCGGGGAGAGUAUCGAGAGUCACGACAAAGUCCCAGAACCACCGACUUUUCUAAGACGCAGCAGAACUCUGGGAACAAUAUCCCUGAGGAAGCAGCGCAGAAGUAUGCCAACGCCACUUGAACAACUCACGGAAGAAAGUGAGCAUAGGAAUCGCGAAGAGGAUGCAGAAAUUCUGGGCCUACCAUGUGUUGACGAGGCAUCCUCUCAAGGCAUGGGGUCAAAAUUCAGUGGUUCAAGAGAGUCUCUGGGUAGUAGUUUUUUGGGACGACUUAAGAGAACCUUUAGCAUCACUUCUGAUAAACGGAGACAAGGACUAAACAACAGAUGGUCAGCAUCGCUUCAGAAUCUGCAGCAAAUGGACAAUAUGGUCAGUUAUGAAGAUUUAAGCUUUAUCAAUUACGAUGAAUUUAAUCAAAUUGAGAAGCAAGUUGAUAGAGUUCUCAGUCAAUUGGACGUUAAGGCGUCCUCAGUGGUAGACUCACCUGUCCCGCCAAAAGUGCCAGAAGUAGUAAAGAGGGUUAAGAAACGAGAGAAGAAAGUAUCGUACAAAUUCCAAAAUGAAUGGGAUGCUAAUUUUGACAUGGACAAAAAUCUCUAUCGGCAGAGUUUGGACACUGAUAAACUCCAAACUCUUAGUCGUGUUAAUAGAAAAUCCUUCCGAUGGAGCAAUGCCUUUGAACCUGUUCCCACAGAUUACCUGCAAUUGGAUACUGUCCAAAAUUCAAGAAAAGUGCCAGAUUCCGGUGAAAGAACCAUUCCUACGACACCAAUUGGUCAUCCCACCACAUUGAAUCACACCACAUCACUACCAAUCCUCAUUCAUCAGGAUUUGCAGCCACAAGAUGCAUGGACAAAAUCCCGCAGUUUGACACAUUUAGAUUCUAUUGAAUCACAACCAGCGAAUUUAGAUGGGCAGAUUGCUAGUAAUACAUCACCAAAUGUUAUUCAAGACAAACGACCAAAUUUCUUCACGAUUGUUUUCAAUGCAAAAGAUAAGGAAUUUGUUCCUGUUGCUGAUGGUGUACCCUUAGGUGUAGCAAUCAAGAGCAGCCUCAUCAAAAGGAAUUUAAGUUUCUCUCAAUUGUCCAUUAAUGAAGAUUAUCCGAUAACCGGAGAUUCAUCGUCAUAUUUAAAGUAUUUAGUUAGUUUGGACAGGGAUGUCGACGUAGGUCAAUUGGCAGGAAAGACUUUGAUUGUUACAGGAAAAAAUCCAAAGAGACAGAAAAGUGGUCAUUCACUGAGGAAAGCAUCUUCAGUUGGAUCACGCAGAACAGGAGAUUCUGCAACGUCAUUUGACGAUGAUCCAAGGAUCCAACCAAAAUCCCGAUCACUCUCUAAUUUCUUCCUAUCAGGUGCUUCUCUGUCAAGCAUUAAACUUGUACAGCAGAGUGGACUUUGUGAUAUCCUCAGUGAAUUUAUGGUCUAUGGCAUACCCAAUGCUACAUCUUCCUACACCUGCAAUUACCCUGAUUUCCAAGAUGCCCUCAAUUACCUAGGUAAUCCACACAAUGCCUGGAGCGAUUUUGUCAACUGCGAAGGCCUCUCAGAUCUCGAGAAAUUACUCCAAUCGCGACUAUGGGAGAUCGUUAUGACAGAAGUAAAGUAUAUUUUUGCACUUCAAACUGUUACUGAUCACUUUCUGGCCUGCAUGAAUGCCCUAAAUGCCAAAGAUUUACUUUUGGAUGUCAACAAGAAAAAGCUCUUUUCCAACAUUUGGGAACUCUGUGAGGCAAAUUUAACUUUUUGGACUACAUUUGUCUAUCCAAUGGUACGAUGGAGUAUUGAUACAGCACAACCACUUAAGAUAAGUUUUCUGGAACCGGGAUUUCUUUCAUUUGCCGAAAUUUUUGGACCCUACAAAAAAUUCUGCUCAGAACAGACCUCAUGUGUUAACUACUGCAAACAUCUCACACGUUCCAAUAUUUUCUUUUCGGCGUAUUUAACUUGGUGUGAAGCCCAUGAAUUGUGUCAGAGACUGAAAUUGGCAGAUAUCCUUGUUACACCAAUGCAGAGACUCACCAAGUAUAAGCUCAUUCUGAACACCAUCAAACAGGAGAUGGGAGACCAGAUUAUUAUUGAAAACUUGACUGAAAUGAUUGAAUCGGUUGGUAACUUUGUAAGCAGCGUGGAUUCCUCUUUAUCCGAUAUACAAGGCAUGGAGCGUCUUAGAGGAGUUAUUGCACGAAUUGACGGUUAUGAUGUUGUGGAUAAAAGUGGCGACACUUUGGAUUGUAUGGCAAGGCAGUAUAGCAGUAUGUUUGACUUGAGUGACUCGAUUGAAGGAUGUGCUGUGGAAACGACCCGCCAUGUGUUCAUGGAGGGUGACCUAAAAUUCAAGGACUUCACAGGCAAGUUCGACGUCCACUGUUUCCUGCUGACAGACAUUCUGCUCGUUUGCAGGAUAAACACCAAGAAGACUCCGUGUGAACUCAAGGUUUGCCGAACGCCAUUCUUCACCGAUAGACUGAAGAUAAUGUUGAGGGACGAGACAGUGUACUGUGUAUAUUUGAAUGAAUUCAAUUUGGUGUCCACAGCUUUUUCCCUUCAAUGCUCAGAGGCGAAGAGUUGGUAUGAGGCUCUCGAGAAAGCUCGUCAACUCUAUACGCGACUGAAGCAGGGCCAGAAAAGCUGCAUUGAUGGUAAGAGUAUUGGGCAGAGUGUUAAAAAUUCUCCCAAAUCAGCAGGGAGCAGUCAAAGUGGCUCCAUGGAAUUGAAUGAAUUAAGAACUGUUUCAGUGGAUAUUGAGAGAGCGAAUUCCAUGUCAAGUGAGGAGGGUGGUACAGGGACAAAGCCUAAAUUGUUAAACUUACCUAAAAAACCUCACUCUAGCAAAGUUAAUAGUCCAGUGUUGUUUGAAGUGAAACAGAGUGAUAAUAAGGGACAGAGUAUGCCAGAUUUGUAUUCCAGUUUUGUCAGCCAAAGCAGUAGUAAUACCCUCUUGGUACCAGGAACUUCCGCAGCACAUGGUAGCCUUUUGUCUACCAGCUACCGCGGAAUUUCCUAUCCACCUCCCUCUCCCACAAGGGCAACUCUUAAGCGUGGUCUAGCCUUUUCUUUUACAACCAAAAACCCUCCGCUCGUGAAAACAAAGCAUAUCACGUCACAGAACAACCUCAAUUGUGAUCAAAUGCCGGGAACAUCGGUUGGAAAUAUGCAACAACUUCAGAAUCGAAGGGAUCACUUAGAACUCAUCGAACAGUGCAGUCAUCGAGGUAGUGUACAAGAAAGUGAACAACGAAAUGAUCAAGAUCGUUCCCGGAGUUGUGGACAUAGCCCAAAGCGGGAUAAUAGCGCUUCAUCCAAUGUCUCUGUGGAAUGUGAUGGUCUGGAGAGCACGGUAUGAAGAAGACCAAAUUUUAAAAUCAUUGGCCUAAUGUUUUAUCCCAGAAAAACCAUUAUACGUAUCAUUAGACACAGUAGUACCCUCUAACACAUUCCACCCUUUUUAUACUUGUCAUCAAAAGUGACCAAAUACAAGACCCCCUCUAUUUAAUUAGUCCUAAAAUUAACUAAAAUUGUGUGAAAAUUUCCUGAAGGCAAGAAACUUUUUCCCAACGGGGUUUCUUCACUUUGGUCACAAUAAUAUUUGAUCAGUAAAUUUUUUUAAUGAAAGUAGUUAAAAUUAAAUGGUCAGUGAUAUUUUAAUUAUAUUUAUUUUCGAUAAAAUGUAAUUUAUGUAAUUUAUAAAUCAAUUUUGUUUUUGACAGUAUUUUGAGAAGGCUAUUACAGAAAUUAUUCUUCACAAAAUGGAAAAAAAAUCCAAGAAUUUUGCAUUAUUUUAUAAAUUUUUAGGGGAAGUGGGGUGCUUUGAAAUUGAGCUUUUUUCUCCUAUUUUUAAAUGGAUUUGAGCCAUAUCAUGUUGUAAUACAGUUUGAAAGCCCAAUUUCAAAGCUACCUCAGUUCCCCCUAUAACAUUCCAAUUUAUUUCCAGCUAUCGUAUAAUUUUAUUUUUUCUUUUUAGCUGAGAUUCUUUUUUAUAAUCUCAGCUUUUAUGAUCCUAGUUUUUAUUAUUGUCCAAAUUGGGUGAAAUAUUGUUCAAAGUGAAAGAGCCUUUGUUGGAAAAUGGUUACUUAAUGAAAUAAAUGCAUAUAUUAAAAAAAAACUACGCUAUCACACUAGAAUUUUUUUACAUUUUUUUUUUAAAUGAAUUUAGCAUUAAAACUUUGAAAACAACUUAAAAUUUAUCACAGUCUAGAAGCAUUUUGUGAAAAAUUUGUGAAAGUCUAUUAACUCAACUGAUUCUUAAUGCAAAAUAACGCAUAGGAGCAAUUAAUGUGAAAAUUAAAUUGAAUUUACAAAUUGAAAAAUCCUAGUGUGAUGGCACAGAAAUACUACCACAUUUAUAAUAAAAAAGAAACUGAGAAUUACAGGUACGCGUCAAUAAUAAAGUAUCAUCUAAAUGUCUAGCAUAUUUUCUCUAUUCUACACAUAAAAGUGAAGAAAAAUUUAAAAUACCAGAAGUUAGAUUAUCGAACGGACUAUCUGCAUUUCCUAUGUAUAUGCAGUUGCGAAUGAAUGUGAAUACAAAGAACAUACAGUUAAGCCAAUUGCUAAUUCAACCGACUCUAUAGGAGAGAGCGAGGCUAGAUUAGAAAAGGGGCUAUCAAUGGGUCUAACGAUUAAAAUAGUAAAUGAAGUGGAAGAGCAUCACAACUUUAGUAAAUGAAGAAAGUUGUUAUCCGAUAAGAAAUAAGAAAAAUUCUAGUUUACACUACAUUAAAUAAUUCGUUAUUGUUUAUACGUAAAUAUAUUUACAUUGCCCUCCCGAAGUAUAGACUUAAGUGCAAAAUUCCUUAUACAGCAUGCUUGCAAAUUAUUCUAAAACAUAUCGUAAUUAAAUUACUACUUCUAGGCCCCCAUGGUGCAAAUUCGUUACAUAAUUAUUAAAUAACAACCUUUAUUUUAACAAAAUUUAAUAAAAAGUUACGAUUUGUUGAAGCUUUUUCAUAAGUAAAGUUGAUGUAGGUAGUUGUUUAAUUUUUUUUUUUAAUUAUAAAUACACAAGCAAAGCAUCCCAACUUUGCUAAUAAAAUAACUAAUUUUGCACUUUAGAAGUAUAGUAUCGACCAAAAAUUUUUAACAAAAAAUCCGGAAAUCGGGUGAAAUGGAAAUAAUAAUAAGAAAAAUACCUUUUAAAAUUUUUGUUUUUGUCUGUAAUCCAUAAUUAUUGUUGAUGCAUUUCAAAAAUUUAUUUUAUUUAAUAUCGUAUCAAAAAUAUUGUUUUCCAAGAAUUAAUCGUUUUUAUCGGCUAAAAGUUUCUGGUCACAUUUGAAAAACUUAGUUAAGUUACUUUGAAAAAUAGAUCAUGGGACAGGAUAGCGAUCAGAUCAGUGAGAUGUUUCUAAGGUUACUAUUCUCAAAGCCCCAUGCACCAUCACGCUCUUACUUCAUUGCCGUUAAUCCAGGAGUACAGGAUCCGGAAAAUCCUGUACUCCGGAAUUGGAUAGAGAGAACUUUGAUUAAAAGGUUACCACAAAAAAGUAUCAUAACCCGUAAUACAGUUCAUACAGUUCCUACAGUUCUCCUUUUCGAAUUAUACUGCCGUUCGAAUUUAAAAUCUGAGCGUAAAGGUGCGUAUAGUCUGAAAGAUUCGAAAUUAAACAAAGAAAACUUUAUUUUCAGACACUCCCACUACCAAAGACUUCCAAGCACUUCAUUUUCAGCUGUACACCACUUACGACCCUAAUAUCUUAUCCUUAGGUCAGUUCUCUCUGAUAUACCUUCGAAUCGAUACAGAACUUUCAAAUCGGAAAGAACUCUCAAAUCGGGAAGGUUAUUACUCAACGAGAGAUUUUUUUGCAUGGUCUUUGGGUGUUUACUGGUGUACUAGCGAUUAACUCAAUUAAUAAAUCAUAAAAAAAACAUUUAAAAACCGAAAAUUGGAAAAGAAGUGCGCUUUUUACAUCUAACAUCUAACAUGAGUUACAAGCAUACGGAUAAAUCAAAAGUGUAAAUACGAGAAAGAUAUAUCAUUUACGGAUACUUAACCAGUUCAUUACUGAUUUGAAGGCCUUUCCAAAAAAUCAAAACUUCAUCAAAUCGGUAGAAAAUAGGCUCUUCAAAGUAGUUAAACUUUUUCCUUAAAAAAAUUCAAGAUGGUUUUUUUUUAGAUUAUACGUAUUGGACGAAAUGUUCAUCUGGACCACCUCCAAAACCUAUUCAAAAAUAAAAGAAAUCGUAUGAGCUGUUUUCGAAAUAAACCGAAAAAACACGGUUUUGAAGGUGAUGGACGGGGGUAGAGAAAAAGGAAGAAAAAAAACGUCUGAAGAUAUUGUUUAUUUUUUUUAUUGCGGGUCACCGAAGGCCGGAAGUUGAUAUCUUUUUCCGUUUAAGCUCCAGGACGGUGACAAAUUGAAAAGAAGUUGAUUACACAACCGCUCUCUCUUUGAGUUCGAGCAGUGAUAAUAACUUUUAAUUUACAUUUUGCUUUUAUGACUUUUAUGUGUAGAAAAGAGGCAAAUAUUCCGCAAAUUAAUAGAUGUUAAAUCAUAAACGAAUGUAAGCAUUCUUGUCAUAUAUUUAUUUGUUAUCAAGCGGUGCUAAUUCAUAGCAAAAGACACAUAUUUUCACCAAUUUUUUAUACACAAUAUCAUACAAUGAAGAGAUUUUAAAAUAUAAUGCUUAAAUUGUAAUACAAACUUUCUGUUGUAAUAUAGGUAGUACAAUAUAUUUUUUAGUCUAAAAAUAUCUUACCUAAUUAUGUUUAUGAGGGCUAAGUAUCAAAAGUUCAGUUAUUAGAAAACAUGGGUAAUUUGAAUUGAGAUGAAUGUAAAUACUUUAAGAGACAUCCUAUACAAAUUCUAAAAAAAAUAUAGAACAUUUCAGAUAGA